ACACGAGUCAAUCAAUGAAAAUUGUACUCUUACUGGUUAUCCUUGGGGGUCUGUCGCGUUCAAAGAGUUGCGAAAAUUCUGGCUCAUUUCUGUUUGCUUUUGUGGUUUAGAUCAUGCGGAUUUAUUAUAUUUCCCGUAUUAUGCACGUUUUUUGAUUUUAAAUGUAGUAAGCGGACUGAAAUUGUGAAAACCGUUGUGAAAUGUAAUGGAUAAGCCCGAGUAAAGUAGAAAAUGUUGAAUCUAUAAGUAAAGACUACUGACCAGCAGUUAAAAAAGAAAAAAAACGAUCUGCAUACAUCUAUCUUACAGUGUUUGGAGAGCUGAACAGUUAUAAUAUUCCUCAUCUGUUUUGACGUAUCUUCCAUUAAGCUGUUGCCAUGGCAGAAAAAGAAAAAUCUUUGAAAGAGGAGCAGAUACAUCCUUACUGGCCACGGGAACUGGUGAUCCCUGGAUACCAGCCAAAUGACCUGUCAAUGCAAGAGAUUCUGGCUGGUCUUUUUUUGAUGGCUGGUGGUCUUAUUUUGAUGUCAUGGUUUGUAUCGAGCCACUGUCAGAAAUUUAGUACUGCAAGAAAACUGGUCCUUUGCUGGUUUACUGUGUGUGGCUUCAUUCAUGGGGUCAUUGAAGGCUGGUUCAGCCUUUUCUACCAGAUCAUCCCAACUGACCAGAGCAUCUUGUCACAGUUAUGGAAAGAAUACUCAAAAGGAGACAGCAGAUAUGUCAUAGGUGAUAACUUCACAGUGUGCAUGGAGACGAUCACAGCUUUGGCAUGGGGCCCCCUGAGUAUAUGGACAGUUUUUGCUUUUCUUGGAAAUAAACCUUAUCGUUUUAUUCUUCAGCUCAUUGUUUCAUUGGGGCAGCUGUAUGGAGAUGUUUUAUAUUUUUAUACAGAAUACAGAGAUGGAUUUUCCCACAGUGAUGUGGGGCACCCAAUUUAUUUUUGGUUCUACUUCAUCUUUAUGAACUCCCUUUGGAUUAUUAUUCCAUUGUUACUUAUCUUUGAUGCCUGGAACCAGUUAAAUAUGGCACAGAAGAAAGCUGACUAUAGAAGUGGGUCAUUGCAGCACAGCAAAGGGGAAUAGAGAGUGGGAGCAGCAUGUUCUUGAAUUUCAUGGUAUUUGAGUUCAGAAUCUUCAAGUGAGAAAAGUAGCAAACACUUGUGGUGAAACAAAGAUUUUUUUCAAAGAAAUUGGUAAAUUUUACAUUUACUGUAUCUAGGAGAAAUGUCUGCCUUCUCUAGAUUGUAAUCUAUUACCCUUGUCUCCUUAUGAAAUGAUACAAAAGUGGUAAUUAAAAUAUAUAUAUAUAUAUAUAUAUAUAUAUAUAUAUAUAUAUAUACAUACAAUGUGGUUAAUUAAAUUCUCAAAAGAUAAUUAUUGAAUAUUGUUUUUUUAUAUAUUUUAAAUAUUACUUGGAAAGAAACAAAUGCUUUUAACUAGCUGUCAAAUAUCUUGUAUUACAGUUUUAACUAUCUUGGUACUCUAAGGAGUACAUGUAAUAUAUAUAAAAUUCUCUUAUGGCAUUGAAAAUUUAAUUAAUAAAUAAAGAAAAAAAUAAAAUAGUAAUUGAAUAUAUUUGUACUGUGCCAUACCUGUCAAUACUCUAUUUAACAUGCUAAUUUUAAUUGAUUUUUUUUUUGCACAUAUU